AAAUUAUCCGCUGAUUGUUGAUACUUUGAUAGUUAAAUUUUUGUACUUACUACCGAAAUUAUUUUUAAUACAAUUUGUAUUUAUCGACUAGUAUGCCAAUACUUUUUAACCACACAAUGUAAUUUAGAUUAUUUUAUUUUAUUAAACAAUUCUAGAAUUCAUCAGAAAUCAUGGUUUUUGAAAAGUUGGUAGCAGAUAUACUCAACAGGUUCAUUGGUGAAUAUGUCGAAAAUUUGGAUAGCUCUCAGCUAAAAAUUGGAAUAUGGGGUGGUAAGUUACAAAAGUUUGUACGAGUUUAAAAAAAAAUAUUUUAAAUUUAAAAUAAAAUGUGCUUAUUACAGGUAUUCAAUUGUAUUGGCCCUGCUAGGGUAUACACAUAGUUACCUACUUAAUUUGUUCAAUCCUAAACUAAACCAUACUUACAAUUUUUAUUUCGAAAAUCCAAGAUUCCAAUUUUAUUAGAUUUAUUACAUAAACAUAUAUCAGACAUUUUAAUAAAGAGGUUUCCUUAAAAAAUAAAUCAUGUGUUAUUAGGUACCUAUACAUAAAAUAGUCCUAGGAAAAUUACCUAGGUACCUAUUUUUAUGUUUAAAUGUUUAAAUUAAAUAGCUUUUAGAAUAUUACUUUUGGAAAUUAAUAAUUUUGCUUAGUUAGAAUAACAAUAUUAUUAUUAAGUAAAUUCAAAAUUGAAUUAGGGUAGAAGAUUGAAUGACUAUUAACUAUCCGCUUUUGAAAUUGUAACAAAUUAACAUUAGUUCAUCAAUAUUUUUACCUAAUAAAAUCAUACAUUUAAUUUCAAAUGUAUUAUUUUGUUGUGAUUUUGAAAAUAGUAUUUUUAAACCACCAUCAACACCAUUUAUCUAAAAUUCUCGAUUAGCAGUUACUACCCCCGAACUCUAGUAUGUCCGACUGAGUAAACAAUAUAUUUUGAGUCUAGAAAGAAUUAAGAUUUUGGGAACAUUUUUCAAAUAGGCCAAUUUUCAUUCCAUUUGAUAAAAAAAUAAUAAGUAAGUACUUAGUACCUACUUAGCUACUUAUAUAAUAUUAUAUAGGUACCGAAUUAGAGUUCUCAAUCUGUUCAAUUACCUAAUGAUAAUACAUUAUUAGUGAAAUUUAUUCAAACAGUAUAGCUAUACAUAAUCAAUAGUGUAGGAAUGUAUGUUACUAUAUUAGUUUACUAAAAUAAAUAAUAUUUUCUCUUUUAAUAAAACAUUAUAUUAAUUAAAAUCUUAUCCUCUCUUCAUUCCAAUUUAAAUAUUUAGGCACUUAAUAGGAUUUUAUUAGCAAAUUAAUUACCUACCUAGAGGAUUACAAUAUUGAUAUUGAAUAAAAGUUGUUGAUUUUUUAAAAUUACUUUUAUUUCUCUGAUUAAAUAGACAAUUUUCUAAUUCACUAUGUUAUUAUUUUAGAUCCUGAGCCAAACCAUGAGAAAAUCUAUAUUUCUUUAUUAUUGCCUUUACCUAGUUAGAGUUCAGAAUUUCUUGAAUUUGUGUAAUUGUUAUAAAUCAUUAUAUAAUAAAUUAUCUGAAUUGCUCCCUUGUUUAUUAUACUAAGAUAUUAUGAUAUUAGUAAACCAUUUUAUUUUAUUUUUAGAUAAGUACUAAUAUUUACUAACGAAUGAUAAUAAUAAAACAAAUUUGCUUAUCUAUGAUUAUAAAAAAUCAUAAAAAUAUACCUAUUAGACCAUUUAAUUAUUAUUUUAUGAUUUCAAGUAUCUAUAUAACUCAAUUACUUAAGGUAAUAGAAAUAAUAAAAACUAUAUAAAAAUAUAUAUACAAAAUUAUUGUUAUUUUUCUUCAGUUUUGCAGUUUUGUUAAUAACUUGGUUAUAAUUAUUAUACCUAUUAGAUAUUUCAAAAAAAUAAAUUGAUAAAUUGCAUGUUAUCCUUAUUGUAAAAUGAUAGUCACUCAUUUAAAAAUAAAGUACAAGUCAUUUUAACAAAUUAUAUUAUUUUAGAUUAGAUUAGGUAUACAUUAUUAAAUUUAUUUGCUCUAAAAAUUAUUCCAAUGGUUUAAAAAUAUUUAAUUAUUAUUUAAAAUGAAUAGUGACAAUGAGUAUAUUAUAUAAUUGCUGAUAUUCUUAAAAAAUACAGUAUGAACAGAUCUGUUAUUGACAGAUGUAUUAUUGAUAAAUAAUAUUCUUUAAACAAUUUAUCAUUAGUAAAUAUUUUGUAGGACUAAAAUUCUGUUUAAAAACAUAUUUAUAAAAGUGCUAUUUUGAAAUAUGUUAACAAUUUUUUUUUUUUAAAAUAUUUAAAAUAGAGGAAUAAUGUAAUUAUUAUUAUAUACUAGUAAUUAGUAUAAAAACAAUUAAACCAUUCACAAAAGUUAUUGUGCUUUUUACAUAAUAGGAAAUCUCUAAUCCAAAAAUAUUCUCAAUAUGAAUCUGUGUUUAAAAGAUGGGGAAAAUCCUAUUUAAAUAUGAAAACUGUAUACAUACCUUAUUUAAGGUUUUAAGGUAAAGUUUAAAAUAGUAUUAAAAUAAAACUUAAAUGAUUCUAUAAUAAUUAAAACAAAAAACACCUCCAAAAAAAUUACUGGUUCAUAAUAAUUGGAUCUCAUACCAGCAGUUUUCUUUUAUUAUUAAGGGUUGUUUUCAGCAGUUAUAUGCUAUAUUAUUAAUAACUAAAUUAUAAUAUUAUGUUUUUACAUUUUAUAAAAUAAAUAAAUCUAUUGAAAAAACUAUUUAGAUGUAAUAUUUUAUUGAAUGUAAUACUCUUUUGUUUAGGAGAUGUUGUGUUAAGAAAUCUUAAACUAAAAGAAACAUGUUUAGAUAGUCUAGAUCUACCAGUCAGAACCAUUUAUGGACAUCUAGGUAAACUUAAAAAAUCAAAACUAUAUUUAUUUGAAAUUAUUAUUAUACUAUUAUUUUAAACUUUAUUGAUAAAGUACUGAUUUAUAUUAUUAUUCUAUGAUAUUUUUAUACAGGCAAGUUAGUUUUGAAAAUACCAUGGAAAAAUUUAUAUGGUGGAUCUGUAGAAGCAUCCAUUGAUAGUCUUUAUUUGCUUGUUGUUCCUACACAAGAUGUUACUUAUGAUAUGGAAAAAGAAGAGAAAAAUAAACAAACUGCAAAACAAAAUGAAAUUUCUAGGAUUGAAAAUAUAAAAUUCCUGGACCAAGAAAAAAGUAGUAUGUGUAAAAAAGUAUUCAUAGUAGUAGUUCAUGAGCCCUUUAUUUUACUUAUUAAUUUUUGUAUUUAUAUUAAAUAUACAUAUUACUAUAAUAUAUGUUUAGAAUUAGAUCAAGAUAAAGUGAAAGAUUCCUUUGUUGAAAAAUUGGCUACUCAAAUUAUAAGAAAUGUGCAAAUCAAUAUAAAAUCAAUACAUAUUAGAUAUGAAGACCGAAUAACAUUUCCAAAUCAUCCAUUUUCAUUUGGAUGUACUCUUUAUGAUCUAACUUCUCAUUCAACUGAUUCAAAUUGGAAUAGAUUUAUUGAUAAAGGUCAAGAUCCACUGGCAAUGAUUUUCAAGGUAAAAUUUCAGAUUAUUUCAAUUUGCCUAUAAAGAAUUGUUAAGAUUAAGAAUUUGUUCUCAUUAUACAUUUAUAAAGGAAUAGUUUUAAAACUAUACAUGUUAUAGUUAAAUUUAUAGUUACUGGGGUUCUCAAAUACUUUAUUUUUGAAUAAUCAUAUCAGUGUUUUUUUUCUAGAUAUUUAAUUACAAUAUAGAAACCCAAACAUUUUUAAUAUCAGUAUAUUAUUAUAUAUUUUGAUGAAAAAUGAAAAUAAAAUUAAAAAGUGAUGAAUAAUAAUGAAUAAGUGCUUUAAAAAAAAGGAUUUUUAUGGUUAAUUUAAGGUUAUAGAAUAACAUGUUUCAGUUCAGAAAAUACCAGCAGUAAAAAUAUAAAAAAUUAUUACAAUUUUUUUUUUUUAAUAUGCUAUUUAUAGGUAAUUUUUAACUUAUAAUAGUUACUUUAUUGUAUACAUUUUAAAUAGUACAAUAUUCAAAUUAAUUUUUUUAGAUUUUUCAGAUUUUAAGAAACUUAUUUUUAUUAUUAUAAAUUUAUUUGAUUAAUUUUUUUUAUUCACCACAUUUAUCAUAUAUGAUUAUUAAUAGAACAUAGAUUCAAAAUAAGUUUUUUUUUUUCUUAUUUUACAUUGUUUUAAUAAAUUCAGUAAUGAAAAACAUAAUUAUUACUAAUCAAUUAGAUAAAUCUCGUCAUUGCGUUUACAUGUGUGUGCAACCAAUUACAUGCAUGUCAUGUUAUCACCAAAUAUCAAUUAUCGUGAAUUGACGUUCUCGAUUAUACUCAUGUCAAAUAAAAAUGUCAUUUUUCGUUCACAUCUAAAUCGCCUUAAUAGAAUGACAAAAAGUACAAAACCUUCAGCUUUCCAAACCGCUACGCCGCCUUUUCAGUAGAUGUAGGCAAUAAAGUUAUUAUAGAUUUUAAUGUAUCAUCUGUGGAUUGCACCAAAGACCGCAAACUUCCGACCAAAUGCAUACUUUGCACACAAACCAUACAGCUUCUUAUAAAGGAUGCCCCAAAUACAAAGAAAUCACCUCUUCUGUUUAUGUCAUGGCCUGCUCGUAUUAAUCAGCUCUGUAGUCUUGACGCUUUUACUCAAAGAUCAUAUGCCUAGGGAACACAUCAUCAACCAACAAGCAAACUAUCGGAGGAUUUAAAUAAAAUACACAAUGAUUUGAAAUCUAUCUCACUUGGUGGGUUCCUUUAAAUAAAAGUUUUUUCUCUACCCCACUAUUAACUUUACUAUUGAAAGUCUUGGAAAUUUAUGUUCAAUUCCAACUAUAGCCAUUUCCUAAUUGCAUAAUGUCCAUGUAUUAUAUUUCUUUUCCUUAGUUACUUACAUUAUCUAAUUUCUCCAUUUAAUACUCGUUAUUGUUAUAACUUGAUUUUUGUUUCUUUUCACACAAUAUUUAAAUCUGUAUUUGGUUUUGAAGUUAAAUGUUUGAAUGUAAUUUUCAAAUUGUAUACCAAUAUGAUUGUUGAGCCAUUAUUACAAUUAUUACUAAUAGUAGUAAAUAAUAAUAAAAAAAAUAUAUUUUUUAUUUUAUUAAAUAUAAUUAAUAAAAUUUCUUUGAAUAAAAUCAGUACAUUUAUAAUUUCAUAAAAUUACUACUAAUACUACUAAUACAAAAAUAUUUUAUACAUUUCUUGUCUUUAGGUUCAUAGUGGUCCAUUUGGGACCAUCACCGCUUCUAAAAUGCUUUUCCACCUCUCUCUAUCCAAUAUUGCUUUCAUAUUCAGUAAUGGAUUGAGUUUUUUUUUUUAAAUAUUUUUCUACUGUAUCUUACCAUCUCUGCCGAUGCCUGUUUCUUGAUCCUUUCCCCGUUGGCUUAUCUUCUAUAAUUUUCUUAAUGAAUGAGUGAAGCUUAAUAGAUGUAUCCUGGCCAUUCUUUAUCCCUCUAGGUUUUUGACCACAUUUCGUAUACAUACAUCACUAUGGUUAGUGUAGGCGUUUCUUUGUACGCCUGGAUAGAAACUUAAAAGAAAAUAUUUCUUUCAUUGUAAAGUAACAUCUGUUUACCGCAUUUUAUACAUUUACUAAUUUUUAAUAGUAAUAAACUAAUAACUGUAUUUUAUAUAGUAAGAUUUACUCAUAAAGUGUACGUUGUUGUUCUUUUUUUUCUUUUUGUUAGUUAUUUUGUUAUUUAUUUAGAUUAUAUCUAUGGAAGGAUAUGCAGUUUAUUGGAAUUCUAAAGGUAGUUUAUUCACAGAACAUUCAAAAGAAACUUACAAAGAUAUGUUCGAAAAUGGAAUACCAAAGAAAGAUGUUCUUCCUGAUGGUUAUGAAUACUGUAUGUAUUUUAAUAUUAAAUAUUAUUUUAAUAAAUAACACAAUUAUAAUUUUAAAUUUUUAGUGUUGGGUCCAAUUAAUGCUAAAGCUAAAAUGAAAAUGAAUCCAAAACCGGAAUUAGAUGGUAGUGAUUUCACAAUACCAAAAUAUGACAUUAGUAUUGACAUGGAAAGUUUAAAUAUAAGUAAAUAACAAUUUUUUUUCUUAUCUAAAAUCUUUUUUUAUGUUAGUUAAAAGUUGUUUUUAAUUAGAUUAGCAUUUUAACUUUUAAAUUGAAUUGAAUUAACAGUAUUAAAUUAUGAUUUAGGGAUCAGCAAAACUCAAUAUAAAAAUUUGAUUAUGGCUGCAGAAUCUAUAGACCGUUUAACUAAAGCAAUGCCAUACAGAAAAUACCGACCAAUGUUGAAAGAAUAUAAAGGAAACUAUAAAGAAUGGUAGGUGAUGUUUCCAAGUUGCAUAUAAUUUCUUUUUUAUUUUAUUAGAUUCAGGGUGGAGCAAAGAAACUUAUGAUUUUACAACAAUGUUUUUUUUUAUUUUUUUCUGUUGACAAUAUUUCAACCAGCAAUAUUACUCCGAUUUAUGAUUUCAGCACUUUUUCUAAAAGAAAUCUGAUUAGGGAGUUACUUUAGAGAGGUCAUUAUUCAAAUUUCCCCAUAGGAAACACGGGAACCCCGUUGAAAAAAACAGGAAAAUAAGUACAAUGUUAAACAGAUAUUAUUAAAAAAUACAUAUAUAAUAAUGACUAAUUAUUCUACCAAAAUAUGACAUAUAUAUUGUCAACAAAGUAACACUCUCUACUAACUCUGCUCAGGAUUUUUUUUUUUUUUUGCUAACAAUAGUUUAUUGUUACUUACAGAUAUACAUUAAAUUUCCCUUCUACUACGUUCCCAACUCAUCUACAAACAAAAAUUGCUGCAUCCACGAAGUUGCCUGGCUUUUUUAUGUUUAUAUUUUUUACUUCUUGUUUUUUCCCAACUAUAUAGUUGGGUAGCAUAUAUAUUUAUUAAUUAAAAUAUUAAUAUAAUUUUUAAUUUAGGUGGAAAUUUGCAUAUAAAUGUGUUUUGGAAGAAGAUGUACGGAGAAUACAUAGGAAUUGGGAUUGGUUUCAUAUUCAAUCACAUAGAAAACUUAUUCAAGAGUAUAGAAUUCUUUAUAAACAAAAAUUAGAAUCAAAAAAAUUAUCAGCUAUAACGUUAAAUAGAAUAUCUGAAUUAGAAAAUAGUUUAGAUGUAAUGAAUAUCAUUCUAACUAGACAAAGAGUAGAAAAUGAAGUAAAUAUUUUUUAACUAUUAUUUUUAAUUCAAUUUUCAUUCAAAAAUGCAUUUAUGUUAAAAUAUGUUCUUCAACCAACAAUUUGAAGAGUUUCAUCUUUAAUUAUAAUUAUUCAUGUUUGUAUUUAAAGGUGGAAAGAGAAGGAAAAAUUCAAGAAGAAAUUAGAAAAGUAGAAUCAGAACGAGGGUGGUUUAGUUUCUGGCGUACAAAAGAUAGCGAUACAGAAGAAAAAGAAAAGAAUAUCAGUAAUUUAUGACUUUAAUUACAAUUAAAUUUUACUUUAACUGCUAUUUAUUAUUGUAAUAAUUAUUAUGUAUAUAAAAUAGUUAAGCAAUUUGAAGAAGCCAUGAAUGCUAGUGAAAAAGAAAAGUUGUACAAGGCAAUAGGUUAUCAAGAAAGUUCAGUUGCAACAAUUUAUCCUGAAACAUUUAUAGACACAAACUUUAAAUUCUGUUUACAUACAUUAGAAAUAUCAGUUUUUGAUGAAGAAUUUACUUCUAUUCACAAAGUGUUGACUGUUAAUUUCAAAGGAUUUGUACUUAACCUUCAGACAAGAAUAGCAGCUAAUGCUAUGAAGUAAUUACAUAAUAAAAUUAUUGAUUGAUUUUUUGGUAUUUAUAUUAUAAUUUUUAUUUUAGAGUGGAAGCUUCUGGUGAAACAUUAUCUGUAUUUGGUUUGCCACAGUCAAAUAAAAUUCCAAAACUUAUUACUUCUAAAGCAUUUGAUCAAUACAGAAGCGCUCAAGAUUUAGCAUUUUCUCAGGAUAAUGAUGAAGAUGGUACUGAAAGACAAAUGAUGUAUUUAUUCAAUUUAUUGUUUGAAACAAAUCCUCUUGAUCAAUUAUGUGAUAGUAGAGUGCAGUUAUCAUUUAGACCUUUGAAAAUGGUUUAUGAUGCUCAAACUAUAAUUAAAAUUAUGAAUAUUUUCACAACCCAACAAUCAAAUGUUGCAACACAGUAAGGCAAUUUUACAUAUUUAUUUUAAAAAUGUUUAAUAAAAUAUUUUUUUUUUUAAUAACUAAUUAUAAAAUUCAAAAUUUGCUUAUAAUUUUUGAUUAAUUAUCAGAUCAGAAUUGUUUUUGAAAAUUAUAUAAUUUAUGUAAAACAGUACAAGAUUAAUUUAAUUAUGGUUUAUAAAUUUAAAAUAUUGAUUUGUGUUAAAAUAAUAGACUACAAGCAGCAGCAGGUACAAAAUUGGCAGAAAUCAAAGAAAAAUCUGCUCUAGGUAUGCAACAUAUUAUAGAAGAACACAAAAGACUUGAAUUAAAAAUUGAUAUGAUGGCAUCUUAUAUUGUUAUACCUCAUGGUGGUUUUUAUAGGAAGUAUGAAAUUAAAACUAUGAUAUUUUAAUAUCUAAAAUAAAUAUCAAAAUCGUAUUGAUUAAUUUGCACAAUUUCUUUCAGAAAUCAGUCAUUAUUACUUUUUAACUUAGGUUGUUUAAAAAUAAAAUCUAAGCCUCAAAAUCUUGAGGAUGUAAGUAUACAGUCAAUGCAUAAAAAAGGUGCUACACAAUCUGAAGUUUUACAAGGAAUUGUUAGUCGUAGCUAUGACCGUUAUUAUAUUGAACUAGAAAAUGCUCAAGUAUGUUUUAUUUACAUUAAAAAUAAUUAACUAAUGAGUUAAUCAUAAUCGAUUGUACUAUUUUAGAUAUUAAUUGCCAAUAAAGGUGAAAAUUGGAAAAACAAGUUUAAUGAGUCAUUUCAAAAUGAACUUUAUAUUCUUAAGCCAACUACCUUAACCAUUCAAGUUGAAAAAUGUUUAAUAACUGAUGAUCCCCGCUUACCGUUACUUAAAGUGACUGGAGAACUUCCAGCUAUUGAUAUUAAAAUGGCAGGUAAAUAUAUAAUUAUUUAUUUUUUUAUAAUAGUUUUUACUAUUUAAACAUCAUAGUUAUAUUGGUAUCAUAAUAUGAAAUCCGUUAACUAUUUGGUAAUACCAAUAUUGUUAAAUGUGAUUGACUGAAACUGUGACGCAACCAUCAUUUUUGUGGUGAGGGGAAGUCAAAGACCUUAGGAGAUUAAAUAAACCAUUUUUUAUUAUAAAGGUACUGUACUUAUAUUCGAAGAGUCAAAGGUGAGGAGUCCAAAUUAAGCACCCUUUCCCCCUUCAUUUUUGUAACUACCAUGUAACUAUGCCUGCUUUAAUAUAUGUUGGCCUCCCUUUAGCCUGCCUUGAAAAAAAUUCCUGACUCCUCCACUGAUAUAACUUGAAGUAUUGAAAAAAAAAACAAUAAAUAUUUAAGUAUUUUAAAUAUUCAAAAAUAAAAAAAGCCUAAAUUUAUUUAAAAAAAAAAACCGUUUUUCAAUAAUUAUAAAAUAGUUUAUUUUUAUUUGUUUAUUAAAAAUGUGUAGAAAUAUUAUUGUUACUUUAAUUUCUAUUAUUUGGUUUACAGAGAAUCGAUUUUUGGAUGCUCUGUCAGUGUUUUUAAGUGUUCCUUUGCCAAAAAAGGCCAAAGAAUUAGAUGAUAACCUACAUGUAAGUUUUUUUUAUAAAUAUAUAGAUUAAAUAAAAGUAUUACUUUUGUAUGAAACAUUGAAUAUUUUUAUAUUGUUUACUUGUACAUAUUUUAUAUUUAAUUGACUUAGUUAAGAAAAUAUUGUCAAUUGAUUCAAAAUAUUUUCUUGUAAUACUUAAGGGAAUUUAUUCCGGCAGUAUUGAAAAUUUGAAAAAUUGUUACCAAUACCUAAAUCUAAUUUGACUAGUGUUCACAAUGUACUUAACCUAAUGAAUUGAAAAUGAUAACAUAGAUUAAUUUAGUAGUAGAACAAUUGCCUAACAAGUUAAAUAUGCAUAAAAUAUAAAUGUUUUUUAACAUUUUUUUGUUAAAGUUGAUUUAUUGAAUUAAUUUUAUUUAUGUAUGAAUAUACAACCUUUUUAUUUUGAUUCUGAAACUUGAAUUUCUAGUAUGUUUAAAAAGUGUGUUUUUCUCAACUUGGAUCAAUUAUUUAUUGUUAAACAAAUUAAAACAUUAUUGAAUGUAAAUUUAAAAACCAUUAAUUUUUUUUUUUUUUUUUUUCAGGAUUUUGAUAUCCUAGGUUCAGCAAUGUCAUUGCGUCAAAAGAUUGAUUCAUUUAAUAUGACCAAAAAUUUAACCAACCAGAGAAAAGAAGCAGAAAAAGCUUCCGAUGUAAAUGUACAAUUUACAUCAUUAGAUGUGAAAUUGGUUCUUAAACGUAAGAUAUAUAAAUCUUUUAAUAAUAUUAAUUACCUUUAUUUCAGUAUUAUUAGCACUGCUUAAAGUGAAUAGAAAAUAAAUAACUGUAUGUAGGGAGCAGAUUUAUAUAUACUGAAAAAUGAUAAAAUAAUUUAUUUUUCAUAAUAUGUAAUAUACACAAGAAAGUUAAAUUGCUCAAUUUGUUUUGAUUUAAAAAAUUAAUUUUUAACUAAACCGUCUAUUCUAAAACGAAUAAAUACUUUAAAAUUAUACAUUUUUUUUUUUCAGACUGAUAAUGACUGAUAAAUUGGUUCUUUUUAUACUUUUUUAAAUUUAACUUUAAAAUUAUAUAUUUUCUAUAUUUAUUCAAAGUGUUUUUGUAACACAAUUAUUUACUAAUUAUAUAAUCAACUAAAAGACUAAUAUGCAUACAAUUUAUUUAUAAAUACUGUUCCCUAGUUAUAUGCGUAAUUUAAAAUAACUUAAUUAUUAUUUUGCUUUCAAAUUCUAGGGUUAUCAGUUAAAGUUUUAUCUUAUGAUGGCAAAGGCUCUUGGUUGAAUCCAUUAUUAGAUUUUAACUUACUUACAUUGGAAUUGUCAUUAACACAACAAACUUUUAAUACUAAUAUUGCCUUGAAAUUGGGUAGAUUAUUUUUAGCUCAGUAUCAUAAGGACACCAUUAUACCUUUAGUUGAUACACCAAAUGAAGAUGAAAACCAAUACCUCUUACUCAUGAAAUACACCUUAGUUAGUAUUUUAAAUAUAAUUUUAUAACAUGUUUUAAAUAUUAAAGGUAAACUGAACCUCCAAUUUAUUAUAGGUAGAUAAAAACUCUCCAGAAUUUCAUACUAAUGAUCAUGUAUUACAAUUACUCGAAUUAAAUUUUACUAAAAUAUUGGCAACAGCUAAUAGAGAAGCUUUGCUUUACCUUAUUGAUUGGAUGAAUAAUGUCAGUUCUAAUAUAAGUAACAUGCAAAAACAAUAUAACUACAAUACUGAAGAAAUUCCAGUUACAUUACAAGUUCAAAAAACUAAUAAGCUCAAAAGAAUGCAUUUGGUUUCUAAUGCAUUAUCAACUAUUCUUGAAGAAUCUGCCACAACUAAAGUUCAACAAUGUAUGUAAAAUAUAUGUUGACAUUUUCGUAUAAUUUAAAUAAACCAAUAUUAUUUAAUAUUUAUAUUAAUUAAUGUAUAUAUAUUUAGUAAAUAAACGAACAACCGAGGAUAAUGACAUGAAAGAUUUGAAGCUAAUAGCUCAAAUAGGCGAAAUACAACUGAUAAUUGUUACUGAAAAUGAAGACUUAGCUCAUAUGUUUAUAACUCAACUUGAGUCGUGUAUUACAAUGAAAAAAUCUGAUAUUCAAAUUGAUGCUAAACUUCAAAAUAUAAGUGUUUUUGAUCCAUCAUCUGAUACAAUUUAUAAAUAUGUAAAUAUUUAUUAUUUAAAAUCUUAAACUAUAAAAUAAUAAAUUUAGCUGUUAUGGUACCUUAUUCACUUAAUUGUUUUGGUCAGAAUAUUGAAUACCUGUUUAAUGUACUUAAUAUUUAGUAAUCAAUUUCAUUGAUAGAAUGAUAAUUGAUAUAUUAUUUUCCAAUUCACAUUAUUGAAAAAAAAACUAUAUAUAGUAUUAUUAUUUCUUUACUAAUUUAUAAAACUUUUUUUCUACACAUUUAGAUUAUUCAUGUUGCUGAAAAUGAUGAUGCUUUAAAGCUUCAAAUGAUAAUGUAUAAUGAACAAUAUCUUGUUGAUUAUGAUUCACCAGAAAUUUAUAUGUCAAUUUCAUCAGGCUGUAUAAAAUGUGUAUUUUUAAAUCGUUUUGUAACCAAACUAUUAGUAAGUAUCAAUUAGUAUUAAAGAUUAAAGUUAGAAUGAGACGUGGACUUAGUUUGGACUUUAGUUGUUGAUUUUCAAAUUGAUUCCAUUUGUUUUUUCUCAUAUUUGGAAUGGGAAUGUGUGGCUUCUAAUUUUCUUGUUAAGAAAGAUGUAUUUUAUUUAUCUUUAUAGAAUUUUAUAAACCAUUUCCAAGCUGGUAAAGCUGCUGUUUAUGAAGCAGGAGCAGCUGCUGUUGCUACUGCUAAAAUGAAUGUAAAAUCUGCCACUCGUGUUGCUCUUGAUAUUAAUUUAAAAGUUUGUAUUUAUUAUUUUUUUUACAUAAAUAAUAUUAAGUUUAUUAAUAAUAUUAUUUCUAUUUUUAUAAAAGGCCCCAGUUUUCAUAGUACCACAAAAUUCAUUUAGUUUGGAAGCAUUGUGUUUUGAUUUUGGAUAUUUAUCUAUUACCAAUUCAUUUAUGGUUAUUCAUAAAGGAGCAGAUCAUAUUCCAGCAAUAAUUGACAAAUUAAGCUUAAAUUUACAGGAUCUCAAAGUAUCUAGGUAUGACGUAUUUAAAUGUUAAUACUAUGCAACUACAAUAAUUUAUAUAUUUUUUUUUAUUUGCAGAGUAAAAUUGAAUGAUGGUGUUAAAUUUUUUGUUUUUGACUGUUUAUUAUUACAACCUAUUACAUUUUCUCUUAUUGUUAAACGAAAUUUAUCAUCUGCAUGGUAUACUGAUCACCCAGAUUUUGAUAUUGUAGCUAUGUUUGAUUCUAUUAAAGUUAGUUAUUUAAUGAACUUAUUUUAAUACAAUUUUGUUACCUAUACUUAACAAUUUAAAAAAUUAUCUAUUUAGGUAACUGUAAGUCAUGUUGAUUAUACUGUAGUUAUGAAAGUAUUAAAUGAAAACUUGAGUGAAGGAAAAGAUGAAUUAGCCAUUCCGAAUGAAGAAUUGAAUAUUACAAAAUUAAAUAAGUCAAAUGGCAAGUUUUAAUAAAAAAAAAAUGUUUCUUACCUCGUAAUGUAUUUAAUUUUUUUGAUUUUUUUAAAUUAGAAACUAAAGUAGUUGUUGAUAUUGAAAAUAAAUAUCAAUCAGAAGAAAUCCGAACAUUGGCUAAGUUUGAAUUUUCAGUAAAAAAUAUUAUUCUUGAAUUAUUUAAAGAAGGUCCUGGCGAGGUAAUUUAUUCAAUAUUUUUACUAGUAUAAUAAUAUUAUUAAUGUAAAUUGAAAUUAUUAUUAAUCGAAAUUUGAAACAUUUAGUUACUGAUUAAUUAAAUGUAGGAUUGGGCUUUUGACCAGUACAUUUUUUUUUUUUUUGAUAAUUUUAUGUCAACAUUUAUUAAAUAAUCAUAUCUUUAAAUCUAAAGUGCAUUUUACUAUUUCAUUGACCAUUACUAUUACUUAGUAUUUAAUAUAUAAAAUAAAUAUUUUAAAUUUGUUGAUAUUUUUUUGUGUAUAAACCUUUAAUCAAAUUUUUUUUUUCUUUAGAAUGGUUUUCAAAUAAAAGAUAAUAGUAUGGGACAGUUUAUGUUUUCAUCUUUGACUGUUGAUGGGUCAAUGUAUACUGAUUUGUCAUUAGCUUUAACAUUAUAUUUGUUAGAUGUAAUAUUAGAUGAUACACGAGUGAAUUCAACUAAUAAAGUGGUACGUUAUAUGGAAAGAAAAAAGAAUAAUAUUGAAAAUGAUAAUCUGCAAAACACCAUUGACAUUAAGUAUAAACAAACUCCCACUGGAUCUGAUGGUAAUAUUUUUUUGUUUUUAAUAAAUCCAUUUAAAUUAACUAAUAUUUAUUUGUAUAUUAAUUUUUAGUUCAACUAAAAAUAUUUAGUUUCAAUUUAAUAUUUAAUGUGGAAUAUAUACAAUAUUUGUUGAAUUUCUUUAUUUUGCCAUCUCAAAAUCAAGAUAUAGGAUUAAACGAUGCGGCAAAAAAUCCCAAAUUAACUGUAAUGGUUAGUGGUAUUCAUUAAAAAUAUUUGUACAUCAUUUAAAAUUUAACUAUGCAAUACAAAUAAUAAUAAUAAUAAAUUUAAAUUUGUAAAUUUUGUAGAAAGAACAAUCAAAUGCUAUAGAACCAAAAGAAAACAAUAAAACACUUUUACUAAAAUUGCAACUAGAAAAACCAGAUAUUAUAUUGGUUGAAAGUUUAGAUGAUAUCAAUACAAAUGCAAUAAUUAUGAAUGUAAUAUUAUUAACAGCUUUUGGAUUAAUAAUUUUAUAAUUUUUUUUUUUUUUAAAUAAUAACAGACUGAAGCUACCUUAAAAUUACGUAUGUCCACCCCAACUCGUCAAACUGUGAAUGGAGAAAUUAAAGAUUUGCAAAUAUAUUCUUGUUGUUAUAAUCCUUUAAGAAGGAAAGAUACAAUGAAUUUAGUAAAUAAUUUUAUUUUUUUUCUAGUUUCUAAGACCCUUUUUAAAAUUAUUGUAAUUAUUAUUAUUAUUAUUAUUAUUAUUUAAAUAGAUAUUAUGUCCUGUUACCAUAAAUGUUAUUGGUUCAACUCCUGAUGAUACUUGUCUUCAUGUGGAUGUAACUAUGACUCCUGUAAUUAUAUCAGUUACACCAGGUAGUUUUUGUUUACGGAUAUAUAUAUAUGCAAUAUCUAUCUUGAUUAAAUUUUAUAAUUUUAUAAAUACAAUUGGUUUUUCUUCUUAGCUAACAUUGAAAUGCUAAAUCGAAUUAAUCAAAGUUUAACCGAAAAAAAAGAAAACAUAUCUUGCGAACCAAAGUAUGAUGAACAAUCAUUUUAUGAUUUAUGGAAUAAAACUCAAUUUAAUGAUUCAGAAUUUUGGUUUUUAAAAACUGGUUAGUUUGUUACUUAAAAUGAUUUAAUUAUUUAUUUAAGUUAUAUUGUGAUAUGUUACAGAAUCAGCCACUGAAGCUUGCACAUCAGACACUAAUAAUAUACAAUCUGUUUUAAAGAAAAGUGAAGUUUGUUUAAUAUCUAUUCCUUCAAUUGUUUUUACUAUUGAAGCAGGAAUUGGCACAAAAACUAUGCCAAUGUUACUAACUGAAUGUACAUUUAAUGGUUCUGUUAACAAUUGGAGUUCUAAGGUAAAUUUAAAAAAAAAAAAAAAAAAUUAAUUUUAUAAAGUAAAAUUCAGUUAAUUUAACUAAACCUAAAUCUUUCAAAAUAUCUAAAAAAUAUUUAAAAUUUGUAAAUAUUAUGUAACUUAGUUUGUUUUUUAUUAUGUUAAAUGAAAAACUUUAUUUUUAUUUUUUAAAAUGUAACUUUUAUGUAUUAAAUUAUAAGGUUUAUUUAUUUAUAAUAGUUUAAGGAAGAAAUAUAUCCCAUUCUCUCUCAUGCUAUAAUUAAUUUUAGUUUUCACUAUUCGUUGGUUUUUUUAAUUUAUAAUUAUUGUUUUAAAAUUUAAAAUUAUAUUUACUUUUAUUUUCAGUUAUCUGUCGCGGGAGAGCUAACAAUGCAAAUGAAUUACUAUAAUAGUAGAUUAGCUCUUUGGGAACCAUUUAUAGAACCUGUUGAAAUUGAAUCAAGUAUUGGUCCCAAAUAUGUACCAUGGCUACUUGAACUUAAGGUAAAUUUAAUUAAGUUAAAUUUAGUUAAGUUAAUUACACUAAUCACGUAUUAAUAAUGCAAAUAUAUUUAUUUUUAUAGUUGGAGACAUUUGACCCAAAUGAAAGUUCUCAAGAUGAAGUAUUUCAAAGGAAACCAACAAUGAAAAUUUCAUUGAUAUCAUAUGUAUGAUUUUUUAAAUUGUUUUUAAUUAAUUGAUAGUUUAAAUAUGUAUUAUUUAAUUUUUUUUUUUUUAUAUAUAUAUAUAUAUUUAUGUUAGCAAACAAUUGAAAUAACAAUGACAAAAACUGCUCUAGAAGUAAUGACAAGUUUAGGUAAAGCAUUUAAUGAAGCAAUCACAGCAGAAAUACCACUUUCGAAACGAAUUGAAGCAGCUCCAUAUGUUGUACAAAAUAACCUUGGAUUUGAUAUAGCUAUCAUGAUUUCAAACACACCAUUCAAAGUAAUAAUUAAUUAGGUUAAUAAUUAUGUCACAAAAAUUAUAAUUUUAAAUUUAUAGCUCUGUGCUAUUAAUGAAGAAGAAAUCCUUAGUGAUGUAAUUCUUAAAGAUCGAGAACAGAUUAAUCUUUGUCUUAAAGAAGAUGAUUCAGUAUCAGUACAUUUACGCCAAACAACAAAUAUCGAAAGAUCUUUAAAAAUUAAGGUUGGUAUACAAUUUUCAAAAAAUUAAAUGUGAACAGUACUUAUUUAAAAAUGUACAUGUUUUUUUAUUUUUAGAUUCAAGAAAAUAAUAAUACUACUAUAUUUAGUUUACCAUUAAUAAAAGCUGACAAAAGAUAUUUUAAUAUUAAACAUAAACUGAGAACUGUACUUGAACCCUGGGGAUUGGUGACUGACGCUCAAGUAAUUAAUGGCAGCAUGGUUGUAACAUUGAGGAGUGUUGUACAAGUAAUGUCAUUUUUAAACAAAAAUUAUUUGUUUUAUUAUCAUUAUAUAAUUACUGUUAUUGUUACAGAUCCAUAAUCAUUUCAAUGAAAACAUAUUUCUUUAUUAUAAGAAAGAUGGAAAAUUAAAAAUGAUUGGAAAAGCAAAGCCUGAUAAACCAUUUAAUUUACCCGUUCAUUCAAUUUAUACACAAACCAAAGAAAUAUUGUUUUGUCCAGAAAAGUAAAAUAAUUAAUAUUAAUUUACUAUUGACUAAUAUAAAUUUGUAUUUUUAUUUUUAUUUUUAUAAUAAACAUUAAUACUUUUAUCUUUAGGUAUCAAAUAUGUAUUAAACCUUUUAUUUGGAAAGAUAUUCAACCAAUGAUGAAUUUGCGUGCUCUUUUGCAAUGUCCACCAAAUCAAGUAGAAGAUAAAGAUCCAUUUUUUAUACAAGUAAAAUUAGAUUUAAAACACAUUUAAUGUUGUUAUUUAUAUUUUAUAUUUUUGAUGAAUUAGGUUCUAGGAAAUAUGGAACAUAUUUAUUUUGAGCAUACUGAUAGAUAUUUGAUGUCUAGUAAUUGCUAUAAUAUUCAUUUAUAUCCUACAGUGAUAUUAGUAAAUGCUCUUCCAGUAAAUUUAGAUUGUUUGAUGCAAGGAGAUUCUGAUAUUAAAACAUUAGCUCCAGGAGAAAAAAUUAACUUACCUAUUAUUGAAAUCGGGUAUUCAUGUCUUACAUUACAGGUAUGGUUUUGAAACACCCAGUAAGAAGAACCUUCAAUAAAAGUUGUUUUAUUAAUUAUUAUUGUUACAAUUAGUAGUGAAAACAAAUCAAACAAUUUUUUUUUUCAGAUAAAGUACUUAGAUAAAUUUUGGGAUUGCAAAUGUACAAUAGAAGAACAUCCAGAUGAAUUCUCUAUUUGGUCAUUUACAAAUAAUGAAGAUAAACCCGAUACAAAUGCAAAUGUUAUCAAUUUUGGUAUAAGAACUGAAUUUCAUAAUGGAGGAACACAUAUUAAAACUCUUUACUGUCCAAUUUGGAUGAUUAACAAAACUGGGAGAAUUCUUACUUACAAGGUAUUACUUUCAAACAUUUGAAAUUCAAUACCUACAGUAAAAACUUCUGUGUAAUAUUUGUUUUCAAACUAUUUAAGGCUCUUGACGAUGAAGCUAACAUGUUAAAACAUUCAUCAAAUCCUACAGAACCCUUGAUGUGGUCAUUUAAAAAGAAGAUAUUUUUUGCUAAUAAAAAAGCUUAUGUUAAAAUAGAUUCAGGUUUGUGGUCUGAUAGAUUUUCAUUAGAUGUAGCUGGAAACUCUGGAUCAAUUAUGUGUAAAACGAAUGACAUUCUAUAUCAAGUAACUUUUGUGUUAUUAACUAUUAUUUAAUUAUUUAUUCAUUAUUAUUAUUUAUUUAUAUAGAUUGGUGUUCAUAUACAACUUACUAAUAAUUCUUUAACAAAACAAGUUACAUUAACACCAUUUUAUAUUGCAUCUAAUCAAUGUCCAUUUUCUAUUGAUGUUCAAGAGGCGGAUAAAGUACAACAGCCAUGGAUUAAAGUAUAUUUAAAAUAGUUUUAUAUUAUAUAAAUGGUUAAAAUAAUUUUAAUAAGUAUAAUUAACUAUGCAUUGUUUUUAAAUAGGUAGAGCCAAAUAGUUGCAUGCCAUUUUGGCCUCAAAAUAUUACUGAUAAACAUACUUUAUCAGACAAAGUAUUUGUUGUUCGAAUAGCUGGUACUUCUGAUGCUUCAACACCAUUACCAUAUUUUAAGUCUAGAAGUGAUCUAAUACGUCUUCGUAAUAAAGUAAAUAAUUAUUCUUAUUGGUCUAUUAAAAUAAACAUAAUUUAUUUUAACUGAUUUAUGAAUAAAUAAAUACUAUAAUAAAAUUAUUUAUUAUCUGUUAAUUAAAAUAAGUGUGGUAUAAGUAUGUAAUAUUUAAAAUAUAUUUAUAGUACAGUGCUCUUCAAGUUGAUACUCAAAUGACAGAGGGUGGAACGUACAUUACAUUUAGUCCAUACAUGGAAGGAAUGGCACCUGCUUUAAUAAUUAAUCAUACAGAGAAUUACCUUAAGUUUAUUGAACAUGAUUUGUCUGAAUACUUAGAUGAAAUGUAAAUUAUAUCAUGUUGGUGUUCGAAUAUUCUUUCAAAUAUAUUAGAAUUUUUUUUUUUUUUACAGAAAAAUAUUACCUCCCAGACAUAAAAUGUUCUUUUCGUGGUCUACGCCAACAGAUCACCCUAUUAUUUAUUGGAACAUGAUGCAGAAUCAAGCAGAUUUAAGAAAAGUUAGUACAGUUUUAUUUAUCAUUAAAAUUAUAUUUUAAAAUCUAAAAAAAACACUGAUACCACAUUAGUCAAACUUUUAAUCAUCCAUAAUCUUCCUAUACUUUCAUUUCUUAUAUUUUUUACCUUUAUACUGAAGUUAUUGAAUCAUUUAUUUUCAUGUAUUCUUUUUAAGAAUUUAGCUUAUAUAUGUAUGUAUAUUUAUUAGUUACAUAGAAAUUAUUUUUUUCUAGGAUGGUGUUGGAGUAUUCAAUCAAGAUGAUGGUAUAAAAGUGUAUUGGGUUUCAUUUUUAGAUGGUAUGCAGCGUAUUCUUAUGUUCACUGUUGAUGCCAAUAUUGCUGAAGAAUGUCAAGCCUCAAGUAAACUUGAAAUAAUAAAUAGAGAAAUAUUAAUUUCCAUACAUUCCUUGGGCUUAUCAUUAGUGAACAAUGAUCUUUGUAUGGAAUUAAUGUACUUGAGAAUUGGAAGGUAAAUGUUUUGAGUUUUUUUUUAAGUCUCGUUGCACAAAAUGCAUAAUAAAAAUUAGGUGUCUUAUUUAGGGGGAAAAUAUUGUAAAUUAAAUUAUAAUUAAUUAAUAACAUUAUUUAUUGAAAAAUUCUACUUACUCAUUCUUAAUCUAUCAAUAUUCAUUUUGGGAAGUUUCAAUUAUUUUAUAUUGCAUAUUUCAUAACAUUAAUACUACACAAUUAAUUGACUUAAUGAUUUGAACAAUUUAAAUGUAAGAUAAUUUAAGACUUAACUAACUUUUAAUUAAAUAAUACCUAAUAUAAUAAUUAUCAAAAAUGUAAGGUUUUACUAUUAUUAUAUUAUCAGUGUACUUACAGUAUGGUUUUUUUUUUUUUUUUUUAGUUCUGGAGUAAUAUGGGAAACAAAAAAGUUAAGUGGUUCUCGUUACAAACCAAUGACACCAAGAGAAUGUGAAUUAGUUGAGGCAGCAUUUAUUCGCUACACUAGAAAGUUAGCAAUUGGUGAAAAUGAACCUAAUGUCUUAAUUAAAGAGUUAAAUAUUGAGGUAUUUUAAAUUUAUUUUAAUUUUACUCUUGUAAAACAUAAUAUAAAAUUAAUAUUAUAUUAGAUAAAUUUUGCCGAAAACAUUGUUACAAAACCUAAAAGAAAUAUUCGACGAAUUUACAAUACUGGAUUUUGGCUUAAUUUGCAAUCUUCUGACUAUACAUCUCAGAUACAUGCUAAAAUAAAUAAUUUACAAAUUGAUAGUCAAAUAGAUAAUUCUAUUUUUCCGGUUGUAUUUGCUCCUGUGCCUCCACCAAAAACUAUUGCACAAACCGGUAUGUUUUGAUAUUUUAUAAUUCAAAAUUUGAAAACAAAGAGUUAAUAUUUAUUAAAUGUAUUUUAAAAUUUUAGAACGUAAGCCAUUUGUGGAACUCAGUAUUGUAGAACGAUUAAAUAAAUACAGUACUGUAAAACAAUAUAAGUAUUAUAAAAUGCUCAUUCAAGAAUUUCAUAUUAAACUUGAUAUUAAUUUCAUCAAUGCAAUUAUAAAAAUGACUGAAAAAUAUGAACUUUCAGAAGAAGAAAGGGUUUGUUAUUUAUAAAUUUAAAAAUAAAAAGUAAAAUAUUAAAAUGUUUCUUGUAAAUUAUAGUUAUUAUUUUGUUUUAGUUGAAAAUGUUUAAUGAAGAUUUGUUAUAUGCCAGUAAUCCAUUACAAUCUCAAAUUACUACUCAUUCUUUACAAGAACAAAAGAAUUAUUAUGAUAUGCUUCACUUUUCUCCUCUUAAGGUUUGUGAAUUCUAUAUUUAAAUAACUAAUUCAAAUUUAAUUAAUUAUUAAUCAUUAGAUACAUGUUACAUUUUCACUGAGUGGAGAUGAGUUAGAAAAUAUUCCGCCAAUUAUCAAUAUAAUUUUGCAAAGUAUUGGUGUUACUGUUACUAGCGUUCAAGAUGUGGUUCUAAAGUAAGUAUUAUAUAUUAUCUUCAACAUUACUAUUAUUUGUUUGCUUUAUUUUUGUAUAACAAAACAAAAUCAAAAGUAAUAGAGAUUUUUAUUGAAUACAUUUUCCUGAUAUUUUCCAAUUAUUAUGAAAACUAAAAAGAAAAUUAAAAAUGACCAUCCCAAUGCGUCAAUUACACAAAAUUUGAUACUAGAAACUACUCCUGAAGUUAAAUAUCUGAGCAAAAUGUUUAUUAAAAAGUUGUUAAUAGAUACCAACAAAUUUUUUUAAAGAAACAGUAAAAUUAAUUUUUAAUAAAAUUUAAUUAUAAUGUGAAUGUAACAUUAUUUAUGAUGUUGACAUUAAACUAAUUAAAUAGUUAACAAAAUAGAUUUUAGUAGGCAUAUGCUGUACUUAAGAAUUGUCUUAUACUAAAAGAGCAUAUUUUAAAAAAAAAAAAACAAAUAUAUAGUUUAAAUGAAUUUAUUUGGUUAAAUAAAAUAAUUACAUAUUAUCAAAUUUUUUUGUAAAUUUUAUAUUUAUUAGCUUGUAUUAUAACUUAUUGAUGUUCUGCUUUUAGGUUGGCGUUUUUUGAAAGACAAUAUGUUGUUCUUAAUCAACGGCAAUUAAUGAUAGAGGCUCAACAUCAUUAUGUUAGUCAACUUAUAAAACAACUUUAUGUUCUUGUUUUGGGUCUAGAUGUAUUGGGAAAUCCAUUUGGUCUUGUCUCAGGAUUUAAACAAGGAGUGGAAGAUUUAUUUUAUGAACCUUUCCAAGUAUGUAUAGUUUUAUUUUAAAACAUUAAUUGAAUGAGUAUUUGAACUGUUAUAAUUUUAAACCAAAUGAAACUUAAAAUAUUGUUACUACAUUUAAUCAUAUUUUAUAAUAUAAUUUUUUUUUUCAUUAUUAUUAUUAAUUUAGUUAUAAUUAUAUUUUAAUGUUAAAUAUAUGUCUAUUUAAAUAAUAAAAUAAUUAAUCAGUCUCAGUUUUAAUGUAUCAAUAGCUAUCAAUUAGUUGAGUAAAUUUGGGAUCAAUGGCAUUUUAUGUUUGAUUAUUUUAGGGGGCCAUUCAAGGCCCUGAAGAAUUUGCCGAAGGAUUAGUAUUGGGUGUUAAAAGUUUGUUUGGCCAUACUGUUGGAGGUGCAGCAGGCGCAGUUGGUAGAAUAACAGGAGCUAUGGGUAAUUUAAUAUAUUUGAAUUUUGUUGAUAAUAAAUUUAAUCUGUUUAUAAUCUAAAAUAAUUUUAAAUUUUAUUUCAACCUAUUUAAAAUUAUUCAUGGACACAUUAUUUUUAAUAUUAUAGGUAAAGGUAUAGCAGCAUUAACAUUUGAUAAAGACUAUCAAAAGAAACGACAGGAAUUAAUGAAUCAACAACCAACAAAUAUACCUGCUGGAUUAGCUCAAGGGGGAAGAGGUCUAGUUCUGGUAAUUUUCUACCUUUUUCAUAUUUGACAGUAUUGUAAAUCUUUUAUAUUUAUAAUAAAACAAAUAUGUGGUUUAUACAUAUUUUUUAUAUAUAUAAAUAUAAUAUAUUUUAUCAGUAAAUAUUAAAUAAUAUAUUGUCUUUAAAGUUUUAAAUAUGUAUUUACAUUUUGAUAGGGUGUUGUAGAAGGUGUAGAAGGUGUUUUUGAAAAACCAAUCAGUGGUGCUCGUAAUGACGGUGUUGAGGGAUUUUUCAAAGGAGUUUGUCAAGGAAUGGUUGGCCUCGUUGCUAGACCAUUAUCUGGUGCAUUAGAUUUCACUAGCGGAACUUUAAAUACCAUAAAACGGUUUGUAUUUAUAUAUAAUGUAUACCUAAAUUUAUAAAUAACAUCUAUAUGUUGGGUAAAAGAAUCAAAUUAGUAUAAGAUAGUAAGUACCAUCAAAAUAUUAUUUUGAAACUUUUAAAGAUUAAAUAUUUGAUACUUAUUGUUUUCGUAUGCAAUUUUUAAAACAUUUAUUCUCUUUUGUUUUCAAAAUAAAUCUACUAUGAAAUUUUAAAUUAUAACAUAUAUCCUCAUAGAAUAUUUUAAAAGUAUUUGAAACAUUGUUUAAAAUUUAGAGAAAUAGAAAUGUAAGAAUAAAGAUUCAUUGUCAUUUCAUAAUGGAUUUAUUUUAAGAUUCUGAGUCAGCAAAGAAUGUAUUAGUUUUACAAUAAUGUUUAUUAUUAUUAUUAUUUUUUUUUUAUUGUGAAAAAAUUCUAUCAUAAAUCUUGCAUUGUUAUGUAAGUUUGACCUCUUUUCUGAAAGAAAAUAUUAUCUGGAUAGUGCUUUAAAGAAGUCAUUUUUAAUUUUCCCAAUGAUUUUCAUAAUAUUUGGGAAUACCCGGGGUAAAACAUAACAAAAAUGGGCAAAUUUACAAAAAUAAUGAUUUGAUUGUUUUUACUUUUUUGUUUUAAUCAAGUUAUAAAUAUUCGUAGAGACUUGAAAUUUAGAUAGAAUAUUUAUCUUUUCUUAUCUUUACUUACCUUUUCUAAACAUGGUAAAAUUUUCAAACAGUUUUAACUGUUCUUGAGCUAUUUAUAGUCAUUUUUCAAAUUUUGUAUGUAAUUAUUAUUAUUUUUAAUUUAUUGAUAUUUAUGUAAUUGUACAUGUCCCAUUGAUUAAUAUUCUGAAUAUAUAAUUAAGAUUUGUUGAUCGCAUAUUAAAAAAAACGUAUUAAAUAAUUUAUUUAUUAAUAUUUAAUUAGGGUUACUGACACAACAUCAGAAGUUCAAAGAGUUCGUUUACCUAGAUAUUUUAAAGAAGAUAAACAAGUUCGACCAUAUUGUAAACGAGAAGCUGAAGGAUAUAAACUAAUAAAGGUGAAAAAGACUAAUGUUUUUAACUAUAUUUAAACAAUUAUUAUAAAUCAAAUUGUAUAUUAAUGUAUUAUUGUUUAUUAGGAAAAGUAAGCAAAUGGUGAUAGAAAACAGAUAGUAUUGAAAAUAUCUGAUACACAAUAAUAGAGAUAAGUAUUUGUGUGUAUUCUUCUUUACUUCUGUAUUUCUAUUCACUUUUUGCUUACUCUCGCUUAAUUAAUUUAAUUUCAACAAAUUUAACUAACACAUGUUAUGCAUAUUGAUGAGACCACUUGUUAUCUUUUUUUAUAUUAAAAACAAAAAAAUUUUUUGAACACGUUUGCUCUAUUUUGUUGUCAUUCAUUACCUAGUAUUAAUAUUUCAAAUAAAUGUAGUUUAGAAAAAAAAAAAAGUUAUUUGUUUUUUUUUUUAAUAAAAUAUUAUAUUAAAAAAUAUCUAUUUUAGUUUUUUUUAUUUCCCUGUCCUGGGGCUAUUUGUAUUAAGUAAUUGAUGAGAAUUUAGUAUCUAAUUAAUUUUCACAGCUUCCAUGCGAAAUUAAACUAUGAUUCCUGUAAGUUUCUUUUUCUAAUUUUAUAUUAAACAAAUUAAAAAUGUAUACAUUUUUAUGCUUUACUUUGUUCAAUGAAUUGUUACAGAUUGCUGGAAAGGGAAAAUAUAAGUUGACUGACAACUAUAUUUAUCACAUACGAACAACAGUUUCUGAUAAAGAAAUGUUUAUAAUCACUUCCCAAAGAGUAAUGUAUAUUAUUCGAGGUUACUGGACUGGCUCUUAUAAAGUAUUUGGCUAUAUUUUCAAUAAUACAAAUAUAUUCUAUACUGAAAAUUGUUAUUUGAAUUAGAUUCAAUGGGAGUAUGUAUGGUCAGCAAUGACUAAGCAUCCAAAAAUAGUACAUUUCAAUACAUUAUUACUCCAAGGAAAAAAUAAUCCUAAUUUGCGUCGAUGGUGCUGUUUUAAAGUAAAACAGUCUAAUAUAAAAUAUGUUUUAGUAUCAGAUGCUGAACUAUGUGUUGUAUGUAUUAAUAUACAUAAUGACCUAAAAUAUUGUUUGAUCCUAUUGUAUUAAAUUAUUUAUUUAUUUUUAGUGGUUAGCUGAUAAAAUUACUGAGUUUAUGGAUAUUGAUAAUCCAGGCAUCGAAUCCACUCAGUCUUCUGAAAUUUCACUUCUCGGUCUUCAGUAGUUUAAAAGAUUAAACAACAAAAUUAAUUUUAUCAUAGCCUUUUUUUAAUACUUACUUAACUUGUUUAAUAUUAUAAUUUUAUUCUGCUCUCUUGCUUGGCGUAAACCAAAUCAAAAUCGAAUUACUUAAUCAAUAUUGUUAAUGUGUGAAAGCCUGUGAUAUAAUGAGCCUUGUUGCAUUGUUUAUGAAUAGUAUAUUUUUGUUUUAAAUAUUUUUAUAUCAGAAAUAGUUUUAUAAGAAUUAUAUUUUUUUUAUCAUUAUUUAUACUUGCAAAUGCAUAGAGAGAGUGCCAUUAAUUAAUCAUGAAAAUGUCAUACUUAAUAAAAAUACUACUUUAAUCAUUGAUCUAACCAUCUUUAUAAAAUAUUUUUAAUUAUUUUACUUAAUUUUAUAUUGUUCUAUUUUUAGUUUUCAAAUAUAUAUAUCUAUGAUAUGCUAUUAUGCUGCAAUAAUAAAACAUACUUUUUAAAAUAAA